ACACUGUAUCUACAGAUAGCUUUUUGUAUAUUUGUAUAUAUCAGCUGAACAUCACCCUCAGAGUCGUGCUUUCGAGUGUUUCAGUCCCUCGUUUGAUGUUCGAAUACAAUUAAACCCCUCAUGACUAAAUACCUGUGAUGACUGAAGGCCACUGAGAUCGUUCAGGAUAAUCUCUGCCCACAGGCGGGUUUCUUUUUUUUUUUUUUCUCAAAUGCUUUUCCAGCAGGCGUCGGCGCCUGAACCUGUGCUGGAUGAACAGAGACCUGCGAUCCCAAGCUGAGGAAUACAUGUCAACAGAUCGGAAUCAGAAAUCAGAGCUGGCGUUCCAAGGAUUCAGAGCAGCGAGUUACAGGCUCACAGCCAAGAAAUGCUUUGUGAAGGUUCGGUGGGUUUAAUCGAAUCCUGUGCCCCCGAUGUUCACCCAGCCCGUUCGGACCCCACAAGCAAGCCUCGAGUGGGCAAGAAAGAAUGUGGCGACAAAUAGGAUUUCAAGGGGUGGCAUCACCACGGAAACACACCAAAGUCACAUGGUUGGGUUUCUUUUGAAGAAAAGUCGGUGUCACAAUGAGUUCCGGGCUGAGAACGCCGAGCUCUGCGGUUUACCCCAACAACACGGACGGAGACGGCAUAAGCAGGGACGUCGUCUACGAGUGUAAAGUGUUCAACAUCUCCAUACUCGCUGUGUCUGUGUGCGUCCUGACCGUGACAGCCGUGAUGUGCUGCGUGUCCUACGUCAAACGCUGGAGGCAGCGGAAGCGAGCGUGCGAAUAUGAAAGCGAUGUGGCUUGCGACCUGCAGGAGGGCCUGCAGGUGAACCUCAAGGCCGUGCAGAGGUCACAAAGCUUGUGUAAUCUACGGUCUCUGUUUCGACAAGAAUCUCUCAGAAAGGACGACUCCUCCAUUUACUGCAUCUAUACCAAUCCACUUCCUGUCACGGAGGAUGGCGAGGAGGAUUUUACAAACACCACAGACGCCACACGGACACUUAAUGACCCUAAAGAUGCUAUCGUUCUGGAUCCGCUCACUUUUGUUAUGCAGCUGUAGAACUCGAAACGUUCCAACUGGACAAGGGGGAGGGGAAAUCAAUUCAUUUGUAGAGCUUUUUGGAGCAUUCCAACACACAAACACACUCACACACACAUAGUAAGUUUAGAGUAAGUGAGUUGGAAUGUUCCAAGCUAAAAAAUAGGGUGGCGACUGUCAGAGGUGGCAAAAGUACACACAUCCUCUACUUAAGUAGA